CCUGAAUGCUGGGGUUAAAGGCGUGUGCCACCAACGCCCAGCAAAAAUUUUUUUUAAUGUAUGGUCUAGAACAAGCUACUAUGUCACUUUGAAGUUCAGUUUCCUCAGUUUGAAAUUGAGACUAAUAUUGACACCUUCGUUGGUAGUUUGUUAUAAGCAUGAAAUAUAAAUACGUCAAUUGAGCUCAAUAAUUAGAAGGAUGAUGUGGGGGAACUAUAUAUAUUGUACACAACCUUAUAAAAGGGAAUGACAGGGCUCCGGACAGGGUUCAUGGGUAGACAGACAGCUUGCCUGGCAUAUACAAGACCCUGGGUUCCAUCCCCCUGCAGAGGGUGGGAGAACCCAAAAAAGAAAGUGAAUGAAAGCAUUAGCAUGGAAGUUGGCUUGCAGGGGAAAUAAUUUUGUUGAGUUUUGUAUCACUGCAGGCUUAUUGAAUUCUUACUCUGUAUGUAAAGGGUAUUUAUUAUACGGUAUUCCCUAUGGUAAAUUAGUAUAUAAAAUGCUGUGUGGAUUAGCUGCAUAACUCCCAGGUGUAACCUCAGCUUUGUCCUACCCUAAACCUAAAAGUCAAAUGUAACCACUUAAUGGGAAAUUGUUGCGGCAUCUUCAGGAAAAAGGGAUUUCAAACCACGUUUUUCCAGCUCUGUGGUAUUACAUACAUUUGGCCACUUUGUGGUGAUUCCUCUCACGGUGAUGCACCUUGCUAGGACCUGACACAGCAUCAAAGCUGAGAUCAUUAUGAUCUAACCUGAACAUCCUGGAGGCCAAGAUGCUGAAUGUUGUUAUAGUCAAUAUAAACUCACAAAUCAAAGGGAGUGGUAAACCAGUUACUUUCCGGCCUUUUGCCCAAGAUCAAGCUCAGAGUGAAUGAUAGAGCCCGACUGAAGUAGGCCUUGAGGUUUGAGCAGGAUGGUUGCCAACAAUUUCUAGAUAACUAGUGCUUUGUUUGAGGCGUCCUCUCUGCAAUACCAAAAAUACCUAUUUCCAUCUCUAGGAAUCUUACCCACAGGGCAGUAACAAAAAGCUCAACUGAAGAAUCAAUUGAAGAAUUUGACCGGCAUGAUUAAGUUGUCCCGUUGAUUCCUGUCUUUUCCAGUUUUUGUUUUUGAGUCCUGUGAAUGUGGAAGUAGUCCUGUGAUUUAUCUUUACUGCUAAAAAGAAUAUAAACAGCACCUUUCUUUUCCUCCAUAGUAUUUGGGAAAGCAAUACAGACUCUAUCACGAGUGAGUGAUGACCUGUGGCUAGACCCAUCUGAGAAAGGUCUUGCUCUGAGGGCUGUGAAUUCCUGUCAUUCUACAUAUGGCUAUAUCCUGUUCUCAUCUUUGUUUUUUCAACAUUAUCAAUGGUCACCCUCAGCUACAAUGAGAGAUAAUGACAUACCCAUGAAUUUAAAUUGCAAAUUGGCAAUAAAGUCAAUUCUGCCAAUCUUUAGAUGUCUGAAUUAUCUUGAAAAAAGUGUAGAGAAGUGCAAAAUAGUCAGCAGAUUGGAUAAAUGCAGAGUCGUCUUCCAGUUCUUCUGCAAGCAUGGUAUUAAAAGAACUCACAAUGUGUAUUUCCAAGACAGCCAGCCCUUGAAAAUUCUCUUUGAAAAGAGCUUGUGUGCCAAUAUCCUGAUGAUAAGACCAAGAUUGCUGACUGAGGCCAUUGUUCUUCUAACGUCAAAUCAAGAGGAAGUUACCUUUUCUGUUACUCCAGGGAAUUUCUGCCUCAAGAGUUCGAGUGGGGAGUCCCUGGAUUUAAGCAGUUCUGUGUACAGUGAGAUGUCUUUUGACCCAGAAGAGUUUGACUUCUUUCAAGUUGGACUUGAUACUGAAAUAACAUUUUGCUUUAAAGAACUAAAGGGGAUCCUCAGCUUUUCAGAAGUGAUGCACGUUCCCUUAUCCAUCUACUUUGACUUUCCUGGGAAACCCGUUGUUUUGAGUAUGGAUGACAUGCUCUUGGAGGCGAAUUUCAUCUUGGCCACGUUAUCGGACCAUCCAAGCAGAGUGUCUUCACCACAGUCACAGUCACUGUGUCUGUCCCAGGCACUAAGAAGGACAGAGCCCACACAGUCAAGUGCCCAGGUGGGUCAAAGCCAAGCCAGCCAGGCCCCAGAGAGCAUCUCUCGAGCAGCACCCAAAAGGCUAUUUCCCAAGGAUCCUCUAGACAGCAGCUGUGCAACAGAGACCAAGAGAGCCAGCACCAACCAGGACGACAUCUCUGAAGUCCCUGAAAGUGUCGUCAGUGAUAUGGAGGAAGGGCCAGGUCCUUCACAACUCAGGAAGUUUUCCUGCAUGUUCUUUGGAGCAGUUUCUUCUCAACAGCAAGAAUAUGCCAGCCACCCUUUGGACAGCUUGGCAAUAGCAAGUGACAGUGAAGAGGAUGUGAGCGGAUGAGCGUUCGUCCACAGCCUAAUGCUCAGCGAGAAUUGCACUGGGUGCUGGACCCUGGCUCCUUGAAGGCCCAGGGGAAAUGGAGCAGACACUGUCCCAGCUUCUCUGGAGAGGUCUCUGCUUUCCUGUUAUCACUGUGCACUACAAAUCCAUUGUGCCACUUGAGGACAGAGCAGUGUCACAGGAACCAACAUAUCAAGGUUCUUAGAUACUAUCAUUUACCCUGCAGCCUUGGCAUGCCUUUUGUGGGUCCCUAAAAGGCAGACAGCUUCUCAGGGGCCCUAGGACUCUUCUGUACAUGACUGCAGACAACAGUCAUGCAGUCCCUUCUUAUGCAAUGACCUGGCAGUUUUUGUUCAUUGUUUUUUUUCAGACUAGAGAAAAGGUUGUGAAUAAAAAAAA